UCGCGCACAGGGCGCAGGUAAACAUGGCGGCGCUGGGAAAGCGGAAGAGAAGCAGCGAUCGGUUCGUAAACUCAAGCUCACAAACACGCAUCAGUCGAGCAGAAACAUCAUCUAACACGCAGGACGAGCUUCGUGCACCCGGGGAUGGCGGCGGACGAGGUUUUGUUGAAGGAUCCAUUGUUCGCAUCACAAUGCAAAACUUCCUGAGUUAUAACUACUCCGAAGUGGUUCCGGGACCAAAUCUGAACAUGAUUGUGGGCCCCAACGGAACCGGCAAGUCCAGUAUUGUGUGUGCGAUCUGUCUGGGCCUGGCGGGGAAGACUGCGGUUCUGGGCAGGGGGGACAAGGUUGGUCUGUAUGUGAAGCGUGGCUGCACCAAAGGCUUUGUGGAGAUCGAGCUGUAUCGCACCCAGGGAAACUUGGUGAUCAACCGGGAGAUCCAUGUGGAGAAUAACCAGUCAGUGUGGAUGGUCAACGGGCGGCACACCAGCCAGAAGGCUGUGGAGGAGGAGGUGAGGGCCCUGCGCAUCCAGGUGGGAAACCUGUGCCAGUUUCUGCCCCAGGAGAAGGUUGGGGAGUUCGCUAAAAUGAGCAAAAUCGAGCUGCUGGAGGCCACUGAGAAAUCUGUGGGUCCCCCAGAGAUGUACAAGUUUCACUGUGAGCUCAAGACCUUUCGCACCAAGGAGAGGGAGCUGGAGAAUGUGUGCAAAGAGAAGGCGAGCUUUCUGGAGAGGGCAAAACAGAGAAACGAGCGCAACAGGCAGGAUGUGGAGCGUUUCUAUGAGAAGAAGAGACACAUGGACAUGAUCAAGAUGCUGGAGAACAAGAGGCCCUGGGUGGAGUACGAGACCGUGAGGUGCGAGCUGGAGGCGGUGAAGGCCGAGAGGGAGGAGACCAAGAAGAAGCUGAAGACUCUGAAAGAAACGCAGGCUCCCAUUCUGCGCAAAAUCCAGGCCGUGGAUGGCCAGCUGCAGCCCAUCGAAAGCCAGAUGAAAGAGAAGGCAGCCGCCAUCAAGCAGGCAACGCUGGAGUGCAAACGCAAGCAAGACGAGCUGGACAGCAGAAACAGAGAGAUCGAGGACGUGCAGCAGGCUCUGCGAUUGGCUCAGACGGAGGAGGCAGAGCGGCAGAAGCGAAUCAGCAACACCCGCCGCAUGAUUGACGACCUGCAGGCGGAGCUGGACAGCGUGGCCACGCAGGAGGAUGUGCAGCCGCAGAUAAACGCCGUCAGCGUGGAGCUGCGGCAGCUGCAGGACGAGCGAACUCGCGGCCAGGGCGAGCUGUCCGACCUGUUCCGCGAAAAGGACCGUCUGACCGGCGAGCGCACGCGUGUGGUGGAGAAGCUGAGGAGUCUGGAGGAUGUGAUGAAGAGGAAGGAGGAGGUGCUGAGGAGAAAAUUCCCCGACACCUACAAUGCACUGCUGUGGCUGCGUCAGAACCGCCAGCGCUUCACAGGCAACGUCCACGAGCCCAUGAUGCUGGUGAUUAACGUCAGAGACGCACGGCAUGCGAAGUACAUCGAGAGCCAUGUUGCGCUGAACGACCUUCGCGCCUUCGUCUUCCAGAGGCAGCAGGACAUGGAGACCUUCAUGACAGAGGUGCGUGACCACCAGAAGCUGCGUGUGAACGCAGUGAUCGCCCCGCACGAGUCAUGCGCAGGCCGCGCCCCCAGUCGCCCCUUGCAGACCCUGCGACAUUUCGGCUUUUUCUCUUACCUGCGUGAGCUGUUCGAUGCCCCGGAGGAGGUGAUGAGCUACCUGUGCCACCAGUACAGAGUCCACGACGUCCCUGUGGGAACGCAGGAAACCAAGGCCAUGAUCGAAACGGUUAUCAGGGAGUCUCAGCUGAAGAUUCUCUUCACCGCGGAGGAGAAGUACACGGUCAGGAAGUCCUCCUACUCUCAGAAGACCAUCUCCAGCAACACCGCCCUGCGGCCGCCACAUUACCUGUCACUGAUGGUGGAUGCAGAGGAGAAGCAUCAGCUGCAGGAGAGGCAGAGGUCAGCUGAGCAGAGGCUGCAGAGCGUCGACCGGCAGCUGAAGGCCUUACAGGAGCGGCAUGCCCAGCUGGAUCGCCGUGACAACGAGCUGAGAGCGCAGAAGAAGGAGCUUUCAGAGCGCAAAGGCAAGAAGAGACAGCUAGAGCAGAAGAUCAGCACCAAGCAGGACAGUCUCAGACAGAUGGAGGGCUGUGGAAUGGACCUGCAGAGGAAGGAGCAGGAGACAGGCGCUCGGAUCAGAGCUGUGAACUCGCAGAAGGUGGCCAUCAUGACCGACUUCACCCAGCACAUCAAGCUCAGGGCCCGGCUGCAGUUGGAGGUGGUGUACCUGGCUCUGGACACUGUGCAGUUGUCUGCAGAGAAGAAUAAGCUGGAGUCUGAAUCCCGGGAUGGAGGAGCCAGGCUGAGGCAGCUGGAGCAAGAAAACACAGCUCUGUGUGAGAGGAAAUCCAGGCUGCAGGAGACGUGCAGGCAGCUGCUGAGGAGAGCCAAGGAGAUCUGCAACCUGGACCCGGGAGAGAGCAGCGUGCCCCAGAGACUGCAGGAGGCGUUUGGGCAGCUGCCAGACACUCUGGACGAGAUCGACGCUCUGCUGCAUGAGGAGAGAUCCAGAGCCGAGUGCUUCACAGGCCUCAGUGCCACGGUGGUGGAAGAAUACACCCGAGGGACACAGGAAAUCGAGCAGCUGACGGGCGAGCUGGAGGAGAAGAGGAGCUCGCUGGAGACGUACAGGCAGCACAUCUCCCAGGCGAAGGAGAACUGGCUGAAUCCGUUGAAGCAGCUGGUGGAGCAGAUUAAUGAGAAGUUCAGCGAUUUCUUUCGCUCCAUGCAGUGCGCCGGAGAGGUGGACCUGCACUCUGAGAGCGAGGAGGAGUAUGAUAAGUACGGGAUCCGGAUCCGGGUGAAGUUCCGCAGCAGCACGCAGCUGCACGAGCUCACGCCGCACCACCAGAGCGGCGGCGAACGCAGCGUCUCCACCAUGCUCUACCUCAUGGCCCUGCAGGAGCUCAACCUCUGCCCCUUCCGAGUGGUGGACGAAAUCAACCAGGGCAUGGACCCAGUCAAUGAGAGGAGGGUCUUCGACAUCGUGGUCCGAACAGCCUGCAAGGGCACCACCUCCCAGUACUUCUUCAUCACACCAAAGGUGCUGCAGAACCUGCGCUAUGCGGAUGAGAUGACCAUCCUGUGUGUCCAUAAUGGCCUGCAGAUGCUCCCUCCCAACAAGUGGAACGAGAAGGCGUUCAUUCGCCGUGCCCAGCGCCGGGCGCCCCCGGCCGACCGCUGACCGCCUGAAUGCCUCUCUAACUGUCUGACUGCCUCUCUGACCGCCUCUCUAACUGU